AAAGACACUUCCAAAUAUCAGUCAAACAGUUCCGAGUUCCGAUCAAUCAGUUCCGAUCAAAAUCGAGGAGAGAGAAAAAAUGGUUAAUCGGCGGCGACUUGAAGCGAUUUUGUCGAAAGUCGUUGAUGUCAAACCUCAUGAAACCUCGGCACUUCUCCACUCUGCCGCUUCUUUCUUCUUUAUUUUGAGUGCAUACUUCGUGGUAUUGCCAUUGCGAGAUGAAGGAGCAAUAUCAUUAGGGUUGUCAAAUCUUCCUGAGCUUUUUAUUGGAUCAUUGGUUCUCACUUUGAUUGCUGCACCUCUUUCUACACUGCUUUUCUCGUUGCCGAAUUUAUCCAAAGGCAGGGCUCUAGUGUUGAUGCACAGAUUUUUUAGCUUGUCACUUGUCGUAUUCUUCAUUUUGUGGCAUACUUCAACAAGUACCGCAUCCAAUAUGAAGGUUUCAGUUACUGUACCUUUAGAACACGAUCAAAACAUUGAUGGUGAGCAUUCCAAUGAUAUGCACUCAGGUUGGGAUGACCUCUCAUGGUAUUACAUCUCAGUGAGAAUCGGCUUAUUCCUCUGGAUUGCUUUGUUGAAUUUGAUAACUAUCUCUUCAACAUGGGCAAGAGUAAUUGAUGUUAUGGAUAGCGAGUCAGGUUCAAGACUGUUUGGGUUUAUUGGUGCGGGUGCUACACUGGGUCAGCUGUUUGGAUCAUUGUUUGCGACUGGAAUGGCUUGGCUGGGAUCUUUUUUACUACUAGUAGCUGCUUUCCUAAUGGAGCUAGCUGCACAGUCUUCUAAAGGAAUUAGCCAAGAUACACCCCAUCUUUCUGAGGAAGACACUCAGAUGAUUGAACUUGAUGACAAACAAAGUAGGGAAAGUUGGAACACAAAUUCAACUCCUGAUGGAUCUUCUCCAAAUUUUGCUUCUCCGGCAAAGCCUCAACUUUGGGCCAUGUUGGAUGGCCUUAGGCUUAUACUAUCUUCAUCUUACUUGAUCUACGUAUCACUAUUUCUAUGGCUCGGUGCCGUUGUCUCAUCAUUCUUUUACUUUCAGAAAGUUUCUAUUAUUGCCCUGACUACAUCCAGUGCUGCCGGUCGAAGGAAAAUGUUUGCGGAGAUCAAUAGCUUUAUUGCCCUUUUUAUACUUACAGGGCAGAUCACCUUAACGGGGCGCAUACUUACUGUUGCUGGGGUAACCAUUGCUAUUUGCUCUGCACCCCUAGCUGCUUUACUCAACAUGAUUGCUAUAUCUGCAUGGCCAACUUGGACUGUUGUUGCUGCUUGUGAAACCCUGAGGAAGGUUGUUAUGUAUGUUGUAACUAGGCCAGGAAGGGAACUCCUUUUUACUGUUGUUUCACAAGAGGAGAAAUACAAAGCCAAGGUAUGCAUAGAUGUGAUUGUGCAAAGACUUGGGGAUGCCACUGCAGCGGGGAUGUUCAAGCUAUUUUUUGGAACUUUUAAGGGAAAAACGUCAAUUGUAUCACUCUAUGCCCUUCCUGCGUGUUUGUUGUGGAUUCUUACAGCAUUGCAUUUGGGGAAACGACGAGAACAACUUGUAAAGCUACAGGCUCAUGCUGCAACCGCAGAUUGUCCUGAAGACGAUCUUAGGUGACGCAUGCUCUGAUACUCAUGUUAUGUAGACUUGUAUAUUGAAACUAACUUGAAUAUAUACAGCAAUCCUAUCAAAUUUUGUAUACAAAUUCUUGUAGGUCAUACCCCUUUUAGUACAACGGAAGCAAUAGAUUCAAAGUUCUGCACAAAA